AAGUAGAGCUGCGAGGGUUUGAUAGCUGGCAGUGGGAGCAGAAGCUGGAGUGAAUGGUGGAGAGCAGGAGCAGCAGCAGCAGGAGGAGCAGGACCAGGAGCAGAGCUGGAGAAGAAAGAGCAGCUCGUACACAUGAACACAGAGCAGAGAGGAGCUGAGACUGGAUCACACCGGGCUGCGACGCUCCUCCGGAUUUCUCUCCGCUGUUUUGCGCUCCUCCGCCUCCAGACGCGCAUCUCCCUCACCGAUGUUCUCCAGUGACUGAGCCGCGGGGAUCUAACUCCUUUCCCUCGUCUCUGGACUCUUAAUGUGCGUGCAUGAUGUUUUUGUUCGCGUUUCAUGCUGGGAGACGUUUGCGUUGCGUUUCUCCGGGGCCGCUCGGCUUGCAGCUGGUUCUGUGGAUCGUGUGCGCGGGUUACGGAGAGGAGCAGCCGUUCAGUGUGGAGGCAUGGCUGCAGCGGUAUGGCUACCUCCCCCCUACAGACCCCAGAAUGUCUGUCCUGCGCUCAACUCAGACCAUGCAGUCGGCUAUCGCUGCCAUGCAGCGGCUUUACGGCCUCGAGGUCACGGGCGCGCUAGACAAGAACACCAUCGACGCUAACACAAUAAGCUGGAUGAAAAAGCCCCGCUGUGGUGUACCAGACCAGCUUAACGGGGCCUCCAAAUUCAGCGUACGGAAACGACGCUACGCACUAACAGGACAGAAGUGGCAACACAAACAUAUCACAUACAGUAUAAAGAACGUCACACCCAAGGUUGGUCCAGAAGAGACUCACGAUGCCAUUCGACGAGCGUUCGAGGUGUGGCAGAACGUGACGCCGCUGCGCUUCGAGGCGGUUCCCUACAGCGAGCUGGAGAGGAAUAAGAAAGACGUGGAUAUUACAAUCAUAUUUGCCUCUGGAUUCCAUGGAGACAGUUCACCUUUUGAUGGGGAGGGGGGGUUUCUGGCACACGCCUACUUUCCUGGACCGGGCAUCGGAGGGGACACACAUUUUGACUCGGAUGAGCCCUGGACCCUGGGAAACCCAAACCAUGAUGGGAAUGACCUGUUCCUGGUGGCUGUACACGAGCUGGGUCACGCGUUAGGCCUGGAGCACUCCAACGACCCCACAGCAAUCAUGGCCCCCUUCUACCAGUACAUGGACACGGAGAACUUCAAACUGCCUCACGACGACCUGCAGGGAAUCCAGAAGAUUUAUGGACCUCCGGAUAAGACUCUCAACCCUACCAGGUCGUUACCAACAGCUCCACCUCCACGUUCUCACCCGCCGUCAGACCCACGCAAACACGACCGGCAGACGAGACCGCCUCGUUUACCCACGGGGGACAAACCCAGUCACCCCAACGCCAGACCCAACAUCUGCGAUGGUGACUUUAACACGCUCGCCAUCCUGCGCCGAGAGAUGUUCGUGUUCAAGGACCACUGGUUUUGGCGGGUCAGGGACAACACGGUAAUGCCAGGGUAUCCCAUGCUCAUCAACGUGUUCUGGAGGGGUCUGCCACCUAGGAUAGACGCCGUCUAUGAAAACAGCGAGGGCAAAUUUGUCUUCUUUAAAGGAAAGCAGUUCUGGGUGUUCAAGGACACCAUGCUCCAGCCUGGAUACCCGAAGGACAUCUCCAUGUUCGGAAACGGCAUGCCGGCCCAGAGUAUCGAGACCGCCGUCUGGUGGGAGGACGUAGCCAAGACCUACUUUUUUAAAGGGGACAGAUAUUGGAGAUACAACGAGGACAUGCGGACCAUGGAUCCCGGAUAUCCGAAGUCCAUCACGGUUUGGAAGGGUGUUCCAGAUUCUCCUCAGGGUGCCUUUGUAGAUAAAGCUAAAGGGUUCACUUACUUCUACAAAGACAAAGAAUACUGGAAGUUUAACAACCAGAGACUGCGGGUGGAGCCCGGCUACCCUCGCUCCAUCCUAAAAGACUUUAUGGGCUGCGACCUGAUGCCCAUCGACCCGGAUCGCGUCCCGGCCGAAGACGUGGACAUCGUCAUCAAGCUGGAGAACGAGGCCGGCACGGUGAAAGCCAUCGCCAUCGUCAUCCCCUGCGUCCUGGCGCUGUGCCUGCUGGUGCUGCUCUACACCGUCUUUCAGUUCAAGAGGAAAGGCACGCCGCGCCACAUACUGUACUGCAAGCGCUCCAUGCAGGAGUGGGUGUGAGACGGAGCCGCGCGUAGGCCCGCCCCUUCGCUCCUAAACUCCCCCGGCAGACGCCGCGGUGGUACGGUCCACCUUAAACCUGCGUACUACGGCCCCGAUCUUUCUCCGGCUCGGCCCACUUUCUUCGGGUGAGCGGAGAGGGCCUUUGCCUAGACCUCCCACCUCCAGGAGAGGAAGGGUGCAUCAUUCUUACUCUCAGCCCCUUUCCCCUUUGGCUUCGUGCACCCGCUUUGAGACCAGCGAGGGCUCUGGAUCAGACUCUCGCGGUGCAGUGCGUCGUCCUGCUUCGAAUCAGGUCUGUCUUGAGUGGAUAAAGCAGAUUGCUAGAACCCUAAGAAUUCCUCCCCACUGCACGCUCUACAGAGGAAAAAAUAAACACAUGCCGAAAAUGAAGAGUUGCUUAAAACUUAUUAUAUUUAACCUUUUUUUGUAUUUUGAGUUUGUAUUCUGGACUAGAGCUAUUAAUAAUUCCCUUUAAGCACUCCUGAACAAGUCAAACCAAAUACAAAACGUGUUUUUUCCCCCCGUGCUCUUGAACUGGUAUGAAGUGGGUAUAUCUCGACUGUUGUGGCAGUCUGUCUAAGAAACAGGGGCCAAAUGAUUUUGCAAUAUCUUCAACAGCCUUAAUUGUAAAUCAUAUUCUUUUUGUUCGCUUCUGUUUGAGCUUUCGUCAGCCAGUCGGCGAGUGGCGACUGCUGCGUUGCCUCUUUUUGUCUUUUCUUUGGUAAUCGUGUUUAACUGAAUGCGUACAUGGAUCAGAAUCAAUCUGUUUAAGGUGAAAUAUAUGAGUAGGACUGAUUUGCAGACCGAAAGCUAAAAUAAUAGCUUUAUCAGCUUAUAUGUUACAGCAACAUCAGUCUAC